AUGGCAACUUCAUCAACAGGAGGUUCCGCACAGGCCCUCAGGGUGCGCUUCGAUCUUUUGUAUACGAGCCCGCAGCUACCACGGGAUCUCCAUCCGCGCAGCAUUAAUGCUGCCCUGGCAGAACUGAAAAGCUCUGAAGGCUUUGAGUGGUGCUGCAUAGGUUGCAAUCGUCUCGCUGCGAAUGAAGUCGCACAAACCCGUGUGCAGAUCACCCUCAGACAUCGAACAAUGAAGAUAGAGGACAACAAUGUGGACAUGGAACUCCAAAGUCUGUGCAAAUCUCUGUUGGAUUGGAAGAGCCCGAGCUCUAUACACAAUUGUGUUGCCGACAGGAAUUAUCUGGGCAUACUUCCACAAUCUAUACCUCUUUUAGGGGAUAUAGACAAGGCCUUUGGGGUGAUCUUCACCCUCACACAGCUGAAACAAGGGUUUGAGUCUCAACAAGCACCGCAGCAGGCCUCUUGGGGAGAGCAGGGAUCAAAUCUCUAUAACCAUUACAUGCUACUCAUGAACCGGUGUGUUUACCAUACGGAUAUCUUUGCUUGGAUAUCCAAGGAUACUAUUGAUGAGUUUGCACAACCACACUCGGAAAGAUUAGCCAAAAUGUUGAAACUUGCCCACCAUUAUGCUUGUGUAUGGGCUUCGGAUGCUGGACACAGGAUUGAGCAUGAGUACAAACAAAAGCUUGAGCACCUUGACCAGAAGGGCCUGGUAGAGCUGCUCUCGGAAGCAAGCGCCCCCUUUUUCGACGCAUCACGCAAGCUCGAAGAAGCGGUAAAGCUCCUCGCUGUCGACAAUCUCGGAAUGUUGGACAAUAUUACCGCCAGAAACCCAACGGCAUCUGAGUCCAGAAUGAUUUUCCGCUGUCUACAAGAGCUUCUUAGCUCUAUCCAACCUUUCUUGGCGGCAAUACUCGCUUUCUCGGACGCCCUUUUCGAAAGGGCGCUCUUAUAUGGAAUCGGAAGUGGCGUCUCAGGUGCAGUGGCACUGGCUGCACACUUUUGUCCAAUACCUGGCGGCUGGCAAGCUCUAGAGCUCUUGAAAAUUGGGUUGAAGUGGGGGGGUGGUCUUACGGCGGCGGGCUCAGGCAUUGCCAGCGUGCGGAAGUGUAGGGAGUAUGGUCGUACUAUGACAAUGAAGCAGCUGUGCACAUCAAUCGCAACUGUCCAUGCUUCGACUAGAAUAUUCCUCCUUCUAGCCAGUGUCGACUCCGCUCAAGGUUUAGAGUUUGGGUCGAAGCAGCGGGAAGACUUGGAAGAGCUUCUGAAAAAGAGAUUUAAUAUCGAGACUCUAAGUGCAGAAAACGGAGCGGUAGGGGCUUUUCUUCAGAAAGAGGUAGGCGGCAUGUCGAAGGGUCUUAGAAAGCUGGAAGAGGAAAUGCGUGAGUUUAAAAAAUCUUACACAGACAACAAGGGGCGGAAUUCGUCGCCGAGGUAG